UGCCGCGGCCUCCCCCGCUCGUUUACGCGCCAGAGGCCUCAAAUCCAGGGAUUCCCUCUUUUUUUCACUUUAUUAUCAUACCUGGUUCUUCAUGCAGGCCACGUUCUUCUCUUCUUCCCCUCCUUGAUCCAGCAAAGUACUUCUUGCGUCCUCCGGCCUGCGGGCUUGGCGACAUGUCCAGGUCGAGCUCUGCGGUUCUCCAUCAGAGUUCGAGAUGUGCAACUAAAAUUCCUCGACACUCCAAUAUAUUUGUGUCUUCAGCGCCAGUAAUCACCAGUUCCUCCUUCACCUCAGCUGCGUCCUCUCCCUUAUUCACGAAUUCGGUCCCCGCGUCUACGACCGAAAGCUCAUUGUCCAUCGAGCCCUCUGCGUCUAAUACAUGGCACUCAACAGCUGCAGCUUCAGCAGUUCUUACAGAUGCCACGACUACUCAGUCGUUACAACCAUCGGUUGUUGACUCGGUGGUCGAGCCUACGACAAUUGCAUCUGUGACCCUAGCAGAUCCUAGCGACUACAAUCUCAUACAAACACAUACAGAGGAUGGCACUCAUUUCCAUAUGCCGGUAUCGGCGCAGACAAGGUCAAUAUCAAGCUAUCAAACACAGCCGCCGACAUCAGACUCCUCCACCUCUGUGCUAAGCUCCAUAACGUCAACGACGUCAACGACACAGUACCCCCACACCACCUCUACCUCGUUCAUUCCACACUCGGCAGUAACUAGCGCUGUCACUUCAGCCAAUAGCUCGUCGCAUGGCUACAUAAAUCAAUCUGAUCAUGGUGGCUCGCACGCCUCACUGCGCGCAAUCUUGGGUGGCGUUCUAGGAGGCGUAGCUUUUGUUGCUCUUGCGCUUGCAAUAGGUUAUUUCGUGAUGCGUCACAAGCGGCGCAAGCCCCGUGACGAGCUGGCCACUGGCACGAGUGAAGAACAUCUGCAAGAUGAUGACCGCAGUCCGGCUGCUUCCUCGGCAGGCUCUCAUCAAGUAUAUCAGUCGUGCGGGUCAUCUUUCACCGAUCACUCCUCCACCCCCUCCAGCCCUCUGCGCGCUAUGUUCCCAGUAUUUCCGGCCAAGAGCUACCAAGCGCAUCGGACCCCUUCCGGUCCCAACCUCCUCUCCGAUGCAAACCCUUUCCUAGACUCUGCGGAGAUUAAAUAUGUGUCGCGUGGCAGCGGCGUGCCCAGCAACGCGGGGACGCUUCGCAACCCGUUCGCCGAUGCAGCUCCAAGCCACACUGUGGUCAUACGGCAAUCAUACAUGUCGCAGCGACCCACGUCAACUGCCUGGUAUUCCAUGCACAGUGAUCGCAGCUUAGGGAGUACACUUCACCUACCUGGGCGGAGCAGCGCGGGUAGUAGCCUGCAACGACUCAGCUACCCGUUCACCGCGGCCGAGCUCGAAGCCUGCGAGCCCAUGGCCAGGCUAAGCACGCGCAGUGAUCCUUUUGAUUUGGAAUGUCCACCCCACGCUAUGCACAGACGUAGUUCGACCGUCAUACCAAUAGGGCACGUCUAAUCUACAGCUGACGAGGGAGGAAGUUAUAGCUUCGCUGCCCGCACAUAGUGUGGGGCAUGAAGAAGCGCACGAGAUAUGCGACAUGAGUCCACGCUAUCAUCUGCAAUUCAGCAUAUGGUAUUCCCAUUUGGGUCGUUGCAC